ACACUGGAAAAUUUACUGCAUCACAUAAAAACAAGCUCGCUCUUCUCCAGUCAUUUGUGCUCCUGUUUUACGACAAAUCCUAAUUUAUGUGCGCAAAUUAAAUUGACUAAAGUAAAUGCAAUAAAGCUCACUAAUAGACAGCCGGUGAAGAGAGGUGAAUUUGUGUUGAAAAGCGGGAUAAACAAAGCGACAUAACCACAAAAAUGGCCAAAAGAUACGGAUUGAUUCUGCCUGGCAAGGGUGAGAAGAAAGCUCCCGUGGCGAAUUUCUCCAGGCCAUCGGUCUUCGGCAGUGAUUCAGACUCUGACGAUGACGGACGAUCCGGAAAGACUGGAAUGUUGGGUCCGGGAGACACACAGAAGCGCCAAGCGAGGCUGAUUCAGGAGAAGGCGCUGCAGGAGGACCCAACAGUGUUCCAGUAUGAUGAGUUGUACGAUGAGAUCGAGAGCAAGCGACAGGAGGCUAAGAAGACGCUGAGCGCGGAGGAGAAGAAGCCCAAGUACAUAAAGAAGCUCCUGGAGACGGCGGAGAAGCGGAAGAAGGAGUACGAGAGGCGCGUGGAGCGUCAAGUGCAGAAGGAGCGUGAAGAGGAGGGUGAGAAGUUCAAGGACAAGGAGUCCUUUGUCACGUCGUCGUACAAGAAGAAGCUCGAGGAGAUGCGGAAGGCCGAGGAGGAGGAGGAGAGAGAGGCGUAUCUGGAGUCCAUUGGGGAUGUGACGAAGCAGAAGGAUCUCGAUGGCUUCUAUCGGCACAUCUAUGAGCAGAAGAUGGGCAAGGAAGUGCCGACGGAGGAGAAGGAUGAGGAGAAGAGCCCGGAAAGGGACAUCAAGACGCCAGAAAGGAUGGUGAAGAAGGAGCGGAGCUACAGGAAGCGAAAGGAGUCGGCCGAAGAGGCAGACUUGGAACCUGAAGAGUGUUCUGUGACCAAGAAAGCUCACAUCCAGUCAAAUAUCGAUGCAGAUUCGGACUUCAGCAUUGAUUCCUCCUCGGAGGAAUCUGAGGAUGAUGAGCCGAAGGAAAAUGCCCAGAGCAAAUCAAGUGACGUUGCAGAGACGAGUGAAAAGCCCCUGGAGCCCAACACGAAGGAGGCAGAGUCUCAGAAGGCGCCGGAAGAGAGCUUCAAGGCGCCCGAAGAGGAGAAACCAAAGGAGCAGCCGAAGGAGCAAAGGAACAACGAGACGCCCAAGGAAAAGCGGCCCAGGAUAAACAUCUGGGCCAAGAGAACUGUCGGAGCAGCCUUCGAUGCCGCCCUGCAGAGAUACUACGAACGCAAGGCAGCCCGAUCCGGAGGUUAGAGCUGCAUUCCAGCCAUUUGUGAGGUUAUGUAGAUUUGCGGGGAUAUCAUAAAAUGAAAUCUAUGAGCGAAAUCGUCUUACCUUUUGAUUGUGGCUUGCGUGGGUGAUGAAUAAAUGAACACUUGAGCACUGAUAAGACUUUAUUGGGUGAUUUUGAAGGGAAUCACGGGGAAAAAACACCAAAACACUGAG